AUGGUUUCGCCCUAUCGUGAGACUUACUCGCUCAAGUAUUUCCACAUUGCGUCCUCUCAAGUUACAAACUUCCCAGAUUAUGUGGUCGUGGUUUAUCUUGAUGACAUUCAGAUCGGUCGCUAUGACAGCAACACAAAGAAAGCAGAAGCCAAACAAGAAUGGAUGAAGAACUUUACAACAGUGGAUCAAGAGCACUUUACAUGGCAGACAUAUUCAGGUAUUCACAAUGAAGUGAACGACAAAGACACCUUGGAACGAUUACAGAAGUGCUUCAACCACACUGAAGGUCUUCACAUUUACCAGAAGAUGAAAGGCUGUGAAUGGAAUGAUGAAACGGAUGAAAUCAAGAGUUGGGAACAGUCCAGCUAUGAUGGAGAAGAUUUUUUAGCGUUAGACACCAAGACAUGGACAUGGACUGCAGCAAAACCACAAGCCGUUCCCAUGAAACACAAGUUGGACCAUGAUCGAAAUCAUAUCGAGUACUUAAAGUUGUACUACACUGGGAUCUGUGUUGAUAACUUGAAAAAGUAUGUGAACUUUGGUAAAGACAUACUGAUGACAACAGAGCUUCCAGAAGUGUUUCUCCUUCAGAAGACGCCGUCCUCUCCAGUCAGCUGCUUCGCGACAGGUUUCUACCCCAGCAGUGCGGCCUUGUUUUGGAGGAAAGACGGCAAGGAUCUCCAGGAGAACGUGGUGCACGGAGAAAUGCUGCCCAACCCUGAUGGAACCUUCCAGAUGACCGUGGAUCUGAAAGUGGAGGUGACGGCCGAAGUAGAGGGCAAGUACGAAUGUGUGUUUCAGCUGUCUGGUGUCAAAGAGGACCUGGUCACCAAGCUGGAGAGAAGAAGCAUCAUGAGCAACACAAGAAAUGAAGGCAAGGUGUGGGUCGGCGCCACGGUGGCGGUCGUUGCGGUGAUCCUCGCCAUCAUUGUUGUAGUCGCCGUGCGUCACAAGAACAAACAAGUCUGCAAAGGUGCCAACUAA